AUGGCGCCCAGAUACCCAAGCGUAGCCAUCAUCGGGGCUGGUCCGUCCGGCAUAUCAGCUGUGAAGGCGCUGAGUGAAGAGAAGGUGUUUGACAGGAUCCAAUUGUUCGAUAGAAGGGAGAAGAUCGGAGGGACAUGGAUCUACGACGAGAAGCCAGAGCCUUUCUCACCACACUCAAGUCAACCAAGCAGGGACCUUCCUUCAAAUUUUCCACAAUCAGUCCUGCCAGCGUCUGAAAAUGUCACUGCCAAAACGGGCAUCUACCCUUCCCUGGACAGCAACGUCGGCUCACAAGUCAUGGCUUUUACUUACAAGCCGUUUCCCUCGGUGCACUCAUCAACGUCCAUCAACCGCUUUGGAAAGGCGAAUCCGACGCAUCCUUGGGAGAAGGUCGCCGGGUACCUGGAAGAGAUUGCCGAGCCAUUCAAUCAUCUUAUCACCCUCAACACCCACGUUGAGCGAGUUGAGAAAGUCGGGAAGAAGUGGAGGUUGACGCUCAGAAAAACACAGUACUACCUUAAGGGCCAGAAGAGGGACUACUGGUGGCAGGAUGAGUUUGAUGCUGUGAUCGUAGCGACUGGGCACUAUGGUGUGCCAUAUGUGCCCAACAUUGCAGGGCUCAAAGAGACGUUUGCUGCGUUACCUGAGAGAUUUGAGCACUCGAAGGCGUACCGCUCUCCGGAAGACUACUUCGACAAGAAAGUCGUGGUUGUCGGCGGCAACGUCUCAGCCUCAGACACCGUCUCGGAAAUUCACAACAUCGUCUCAGGCCCUCUCUACGUUGCUCAGCGCGGGUACAACGAGAUUCUCAAGGACGCAUGGGAACUCCCCAACGUUGUUCUCAAACCCGAGAUCACGAAACUCUCCGUCGGCGCAGAUAACCUCGUCAAAGUCACCUUCAAAGACGGCACGGAAGUAGACGGCAUCGAAAAGGUCCACUUCGGCACGGGGUACCGCCUCUCAUACCCGUUCCUCGUCCCGGACCCCGUCACCCCCAGCGGCCGGCUGUCGGGUUUCUACCAGCACGUGUUCAACAUCGCCGACCCCUCACUUACGGUGGUCGGACAGGUCAAGGCCGCCAUCUCGUUCCGGGUGUACGAGUACCAGGCCGUCGCUGUGGCGCGGUACUUUGCCAACCGCGGUGGGGGUCUGCCGUCGCCGCGGGAGCAGGACGAGUGGGAGGUGAAACGGCUGCAAUAUAAAGGGCCUACGUCGCAGUUCCACGAGAUCAAACCUGACUUUAAGGAGUAUUUCGACUUUUUGAAGGACGUGGCUGGGCCGCCUGCGGGGGGGACAGAUGGGUAUGAGUUGCCUGCGUGGGAGGAUGAGUGGGGGCUGUUGGGAUUCGGUGUGUUGGCCUUGAAGCAGAAGUGGUGGAGGGAGUUGAAGGAGAGAGAUGAGCAGAAGAAGCAGAUUAAGGCAAAGCUCUAA